AUUAAAAAAAAAAGCAUCAAAAAGUAAAAAACUGUACGUGUUAUCAUGCAGACCGUGCCAGAAAAAGCUUAUAGGGAAUUUUUACAAUCGACUUCCACAGAAAUACGCUUAAAACUAUAGAGAAUAAUAAUCCGUAAAAAAGAAUCGAUUUUUUUUAAAUUCUGAACGCAUGUAAGGCCUUAAAAACUUUGGACACAAACGUCGGUACACGAAUAUUGUGUAAUUCAAUUUUGACGUGUCCGCUAUUUGUUAUUUUUUGUAAAAUAUUGUAAAUCAGUGGGAGGAAAGUUUAUGUAAACAAUCAGCAUUUACGAACAUUUUGAACAAUCGCCCAAACGACACAGGGCGAGGAAAAAUGAAAAGGUCUCCGCGUCAGCUUUUAAAGACGAAGUACCGUUCGAGGCUUCAUUUCGCGAGGAUUUCGUGGAUUCUACGUUUCAGUGGAGUGGAAUGAAAUGUGUAGUUUCGUGAUGCAACGCCGAGGGAGAAAGGAGGAAGCCAUGGUCCAGAUCACGACAAUGAAGUGAUCUGUUCGCCUCCCUCGCUCCCUCCCUCGAUCCCACUCCGUGAAAAUCGUAACCAACGUAAUUGAGACCACUAUUUUUCGUGGAUAAAUCAUCGAAACUCGGAGUAAUGGUUUUCAGUAGCGUGCGAAGAGCUCGUGAUAUGGGACCGAAGGACUAUAGUUAACAUUUUUCUCGUCUAAAAGCAUCAGUUUCCAGGGUUGUGACUUAUCAUGGCAACUUUAAGAAACCCGUUUCUCUUUGUGCUGCUCACUCAUUGGGUGAGUCUUUCCACGGGGACCAACGAGGGGGAUUUUGACAAAAGUUUGAGCAACUCGUCGACGGUUCCGCUUCAGGAUAAGUUCAACGAAAGCUCAGUCCGCGUGCCUGACAAUGCGAGCUCGUUGAAUAGUUUCGAAAAUGUUUCUCUACAUUUGGAACCCACGACGAGCCUGCUUGGCUUGAUCGAAGAAGAGAAAGAGAUCGAAGUCGAGCUGAAAAAUCUUUUGGAGGAAGCUGCCUCGUCCGGCCAAUUAAUAGUGUUGUCGGAUUCUCAGGCUGAAAAUUCGAACUUGAGUAGCAUCAUUUCGAGUCCUUUGCUCAUGAUCGAAAAUUUAUCGACCACCCCCCGAUCACCGAUUGAUCGAUCGACGACGACCAGCGAUCAAGAAAUUGCCCAGUCACAAAUCCGUACGAGAACGAGACCCAGGAACCACGAGGAAUACGAAGACAUUGAAAACUUCGAGGAUCUUCUAGCGAUUGCUGAAUACGAGCCUCAGAAACUCGAUGUCCAGGAAACAACGAGCACCGAGACUCCUAACGUUGAAACAACGAGCCACAGGCCGCCGGAGGAGGUGCAUUACGACGUUCCCAGACGAAGAAACUUGACAGCCACUCCAGAAAGACCAGGCACUCAGGUCAGAGGGUCAACGAUUCCAAAAACUGAUUUCGAUGAUUCUCGAGGCCAGGUGACCAUCACCGAAUCCUCGAAGGAUCCGAGCCGUUACCAAAAAGACCGAACGACGCCGGAGCACAGUCACAAAGCCGCAGGAAAAAAGUCGUUGUUGCCUUCGAACACGCACAAAAAGCUGUCGAACCUCCAGGAAAAGUGGUUGCGCGGACCGAGACACCUGAAAGUCCUGCCCCCGAAGAACGAUCCAUUAGAGAUCCUCGUUCCCCGGGAAGCAGAAGAAUAUUCAAAACACCCAAGAAGGAAUGGCAGCGAUUUAGAAAAUGUAUCGAAUUUCUCAGCGUCUGUCAGAAGGGAAUUCCCCCCCGCAACGCGAGCAUCUCCGGCAACAUUGCCUUUGACCUACCCAACGAUCGGACCGAAUCAGCUUGCCGUGGCCCCUCAAAGGAAAUACCACGAGCCAGGCGCGCUGCCUUUGAAACAUCCUCGGCCGGUUAAUCGACGAAGUGAUUACUUGGAUUACGGGCCCUCCGAAAUUCAUUCCUUGAAUUACAAUUUGCCGUCUCGCCCGGCAAAAAGGCCGUCGAAUCCCGAGCCUUACCCAGCCGUUCCCGCGCGUACUAACCGGCCGAAUAUUCCUGCUGAAAACGCUGAGAAGGAAUCCGUCGAAUCGAGUAGCCCAGAGGAAAGUGCCGAGUACGAUUAUUACGAGGAGUCCGAAGAGCAGAAGCAGCCCAGCCAACGGAAACCUUAUUCCGCGGAUUAUCCCGAAAAAGAAAUUCCCAGCGUUAAGGCAAUUGCAAGUUACGAUACUUACGACGAGUCCCCGGAGCAAAGGCAGCCCAGCCAACGGCCCGCUUACCCCGACAAGGGAACAUCGAACUCCAGAGUCAUUCCAGUUUACGACUCUUACGACGAGUCCGAUGAGCAAAGACGACCCAGCCAACGAACCUCUUCCCCCGCGGUUUAUCCCGCCAAGGAGACAUCCGACGCCAAGGUAAUUCCGGCUCGUGGCUCUUACGAGGAGAACGCGGACCCGAAUCCUUCCAGAUCGUAUCGAAACGGCGCUGCGCCAAGUCCCAAAUCGACCGAAUCCGAGUACGCUGAUUAUGGGAGUGAGGAAGUCCCAGCUAAACCAGAAUCGAGACAGAGUUCACCGCGUUUUCAUCCAGCUGCCAACGAAUUGCAGGCUCUGACUGCCAACAGGUUCGUCGGUGCGCCAACGCAGUCCGUCGAUUACGGCCACCUGGCGACGACGAUCGGCCCAGCGGCUCGGUCCAAUUUGGUCCGUGCACCGAUCUACCCGUACCAGCAUUAUUACUCGAAUGCAAAACCGAGUGUUCCGGUUGGUGAUGAAAACGAAAGGAGCUGGGGAAGCCUCGCCGGAGUCGAGUUUGGAGGACCUCCGUAA